GUGGAUGACGCUCCGUGCCCCGUGUUUGUUUUUUAUCCACAUUCAGCACCCCUCCCCAUCGCCCGCAACGUCCGCUGCCUGCGUGACGUCACUCUGCGUGACGUCACAGGUCGCCCUCACCUGCGCGGCACGGCGAACCCGUGCGUCACUCGGGACUCGAGAGUCGGCGGCAAGCGGCGGAGCCCUCCGUCUCUUUACUACUGCGGCUGAACCCACGGACGCGACAACCUCCUUCCACACCUCGUCGCAGCGACGAUGCCUUCGGAAAAGCCGUACCACGUCAACGUCGGGUACCUGCCGGACAACGACCCGACCCACGGCAGCGCGGACCCCAGGCACGGUCGCGGUGACCGCCGGGAGCCGCGGCGGGGCGAACACAGAGAUCCACCGCGGGACGACUACCGGGACCCGCCUCGCGGAGACAACAGAGACACCCGUCGGGACGACUACCGGGACCCCCCACGCAGAAACAAUCGGGAGGAUCGACGGGAUGACUACCGGGACCCCCCACGUAGAAACGACCGACAGGACGACUACCGGGACCCCCCACGUAGAAACGACCGACAGGAUGACUACCGGGACCCCCCACGCAAAAACAAUCGGGACGAUCGUCGGGAUGACUACAGAGAGCCUCCACGCGGCGACACUCGGGGUGGUCGACGGGAUAACUACAGAGAGCCCCCACGGGACGACUAUCGAGACCCUCCCCGAGCGGACAACUGGGAUGCGCGACGGGGCGACAUCAGUGAUCCGCCGCCUCAAUACGAAGCAGCCCCACAAAGCAACGUGCGAGCAGUCCCCCACGCGAGUGCCCCCCACACGAGUGCCCCCCGCACGAGUGCCCCCCACACGAGUGCCCCCCACACGAGUGCCCCCCAUGUGAACGUCGCAGUCCCGGCAGCGUACGUCCACCAGCCGCCGCCGCUGAAUGCUGCCAAGAAGGAGCAGAGCAAUUGCUGCCUGACUCGACGGACGCUGAUCAUUAUCGCCAUCGUCGCCACGGUGUUGAUCAUCGCAGGAGUUUCCGCGGCCGUGGCACUCAUACUGCUGAAGGAUCCGUGUCAGUCCGACUCUGUUCGUUGUAACGGAGUCAGAGACUGCGUCAACGGCACAGACGAGCAAGGAUGCGCACGCAGCAGUGGAGAUCAAGCGUACCUGCAGGUGUGGAACACGGCAGCCGGCGUGUUUUCCAUGGUGUGUGUCGAAAACUUCACAAGCGCCUACGCCGAGCAGGCCUGCGUGCUCAUGGGAUACGACAGCCGCGGUUCUGUCACGUGGAGUUCGAUCGCCCCUUCGGCGGGGGCUGUUGUCGCCGUGAGCAACGGCGCUGCUGACAGUGCCAACCUCCAGCUCGUCUACGCCCCAAGCAAUUGCCCGGGUAAUGUCGUCAGCAUUUCGUGCCUAGCGUGUGGGUCCAGCAUCAAGAGCACCUCGCGCAUUGUCGGGGGGCAAGAUGCACAGUUGGGCUCGUGGCCGUGGCAAGUCUCGCUGCAAUUUAACGGCCAACACACGUGUGGCGGGACGCUUCUGACCCCCACGUGGGUGCUCUCUGCCGCCCACUGCUUUCAGGGGGUUAUGGCGGUCAGCGAUAGCUGGCAGGCGAACCUGGGCAUCAUCAUUCAGCCCGGCUCCAAACCCUACAGCAUCUCCAAAAUCAUCACCAAUUCGCAAUACGUGGACAACACCAACAACGACUAUGACAUUGCCCUCGUGAAGCUCAGCAAACCCUUGAGCAUGAGCAACACGAUCGGUCCAGCUUGUUUGCCAAACUACCAAACGGACUUCCAAGUGGGGAUGAACUGCUGGAUCACAGGGUGGGGUGCCACAAAGGUCUCAGGUCCUGCUUCGACGACUCUUCAGGAAGUAAUGGUGCCGAUACUGAGCACCGAAACAUGCAACGCCGCAAACUCUUACAAUGGGCAGAUCACGUCGCGCAUGGUGUGCGCCGGCUUCAUGCAAGGAGGCCAGGAUGCAUGCCAGGGAGAUAGUGGAGGCCCUCUGGUAUGCCAAACCGGUACAACCUGGUUUGUUGUCGGGGCCACCAGCUUUGGGGAGGGAUGCGCACUGACCAAUUUCCCUGGAGUAUAUUCCCGCGUCACGGCGUACCUUGACUGGAUACACGGAACAAUGCAGGAAGGUAACUGAUUCUACAAACGGCAAGAGGAGGGGACUUUACAUCCCGUCGCCUCGUCAGGCCUCGCCCGUUCAGCGCUGGGAUCACUUUGCCUGGCCACGUUAUUCUUCACCUGCUUGAAUCCUGCUUUGGUCCUGCCUGCCACGUUUUUUCUUGCCUUAUCUCUCGUUGCCUUAUCUCUCCUUGCCUUAUCUCUCAUGCCUUACCGUACUGGGACUUUCCCUCUGACCCAUUGGCAUUGGAUAAUUGGCAUGAGCCCUAUGCAAAAAUGAAAUGGGGCUCCCUGCUCAAUUGGCGUCUCUCCUUUGUAGCUCGGCACCUGGGCCUCUCCAGCCCCUCGGAAGCCCGGUUCAGUUGCAAAGCCGUUUGCAUGCUACUCGAUAGCUAUGCCACUGCUUUGACACAACAUGUGCUUAUAGAUGUGUGUUGGUGUGUGCGCGCGCAUACGCACCCAUCUCCAUUAUUCCUACUCGUGCUAUACAGUUAUCAAGUCCACGUUUUUGCGCCAGAUUUUUGUUUGAGGACGAAACCUAAAUCUGUUGCAAUAACUAUACACGUUAGUCGCACACCCUUGCAUAUGCAGCACAGUCGCAACAAGCCUGGUAAAUGCCAGUCGCAUCGAUGUCCGUGCACCUUAGUCGGACGCUGGACGGCCGCGCCCUUUACCAUCAAAUGAAGAAUCUGCAGGUACCCAAACAUUUUAGUAGCUUGCAAUACGAGCGAUGUUCAAAAAGUUUUUUAUUUAAAUAAAAAACACAUUUAAUGAUUUACACUUUUUAUUUUACAAGCGUACGAGUUAAUUCGAUUUUGAGUGCUGCAGUCAACAGAACAGUUGUUUCCUUGGCGUGGAGUCAAAUGUUGAGACUCCUGUCUCUUCUGACCCAUCUGGCUUUGCUCAGGACAUGGUCAUGCCGUUUUAAAUGGUUUGGGCCCUAGACUAAAAGGUUGUCACAGUUUUAAUCUGCCUGUGAUCCUGACCUGAACUGCAAAAACACACGUUCUCAUAAGAUUGUUUUUUACUUUAUAGCGAUUCUGCUGAAACGCUUCCACGUGUGUGUGUAAGGGUUUUGUAUUCCGUCGCUGCUGUUACACGGCGCACUGACCAUGGAUAGUUUUUGUAGCUUCAAGGUGCAACUGCUUGACAUGUGGGUGUCGCUGUGCAGGCCGUGACGAUACAAACAGGACUAUAAAUCGUCUUUAACAUCGCAGAACAUUUAGCAAGAUGCAGGCAAUGCAAAUGUAAAAAAUUAUAUAUGGCAUCAUUGUGCUUAUCGGAGCAGAAGUCAAACUAAUGAAAUCAUUUCAUCAUUUUGUCUGAUUGUCAAUCUUGAAAAAAACCGUGUAUAUUUAGUCUACAUUAAUUAACAUCUUUAUGAUUUUAAUUGACUUAUGAGUCACGCUUUUUUUGUGAGUGGCGUACUUGGUUGUUAGUGAGAUACAAAUCGCCAAUCUGUAAAGGCGUGGGUUUAGGACCAAGGUGUUAUCGGCAUCAUUUCUUCGAUUCACAAAGAAUUGGGCCAGACGACCACUGAGUUGCCCGAUCAAGAAAAAACGAAUCCGGGAGUGAUCGCAAAUCACUCAAACAUGGCACCGUAUAUUGGUUGACGUUUUAAUUAACAUUAAAAUAUAUACAGAUGAAUCUGAAGUCAUGUGAAGUCACUUAUUAGACUGACGCGCAAUGUAUUUCAAACGUCGACGGUAGGACUGCGCUGUAGUUGAACAGCAUGGCCCUUUUGUCAAUCCGCUGCUGGAUGAGGGGCCCCUCCCUCGAGCCGUGCGGGUCGUGGGGAGUUAUUUAACCAUACUUCAACCACGUUGGUCGAUCGCCCAUUCGAUGCGUCUACGGAGCUUCAAUUUAGGCCGCGCCAGUCAAUUGUUCGUGAAAAUUGGUGCAGUUAGCCAAAUAUAUCACAUGCUUGGCCCAUGUUUUUGCCAAAAUAUCGGUCGAUAUUCUUUCUAAGACUUAAUGAUAAUUGGACUUGAACUAGCAAUUCUCUGCCCCGUGAUGACAAGUUGUGCUUUCCCCGCACCUCCGAUGAGCACGGUUGGCCACGUACAGUGCGAAAGAAGUCCCAACAUACAUACUUACAUACUCAACCCAUGUUGGCCUUCGUAUUCGGCUUGUUCUGGCUGUUCAACAGAUGAAGGCUGCCCCAUUCACGGUCUCGAGCAGUCGCAGAAUGUCGUGUAUGGUGCAGCCUAUCAUACGCAAACAGCUAAGGGAAUACUUAGUAUGAUGAUGGGUGCUUUGCUAUUUACUGCCUGAUAUGAUUACACUGAUGGUUUAGUGUCAAAUUAUUAAAUUGUCCAGAGCUUUAGGCUGCUGCUGAUUAAUCUUAUGGUUAAUUCGGAUGAAGGAAAUUUUAAUAUAAGUAUGCAUUCAUUAUUUUCUCUUGCCAAGUGUGAAAAAAAAUAACUUGAUGAAUUUGACUUAGAACGUUUUAUACAAUGUCAGUUUAAUCUCGAUGGUUAUAAUUUGUAUUGCUGAUUAUUGAUGCUUUUUUACAUAAGGGAUGUGUGAAAGUUAUACCCUGGUGUUGUCGUUAAAGUUGGGUGCCAGUGACCAUUUCGUUAAGUGUGUUUUUAUUUGAAGCUCUCUUCAGCUUCCUCAAGGGUGGCACGUGGCCCAUGGAGUGAAUCGUUUGAUAUCCCCCUUUUGUUAUAACUACCGCUCGUGCAAUUAUAAAACGGAUUUUAUCUUUCUGUUAUGA